AUGGCUUCCAUUUCGCUCCCCCCGCAGCCCCGGUCGGGCUUUCCUUCACAUUUCGACGCUCCUCCGCCAAAUUCCGACUCGAGUUGUCGCCUGAGCAUGCCGGCCCCGUUGCCCAACCCGCCGUUUGUGUUUCCCGCUCGCGACCCCGAGGGUUCGGACUCGCAGGCGAAGAUGCCGGGUCGAACGCCACCCGCUCUGCCAGCAUUUUCAUUCAAUCCUGGGGCGGGCCCAUCUUUGCAGCCUGCGCCGGCCCCCAAUCCUCGAGCUGGUGGACACAGACGGCGCCCCAGUGAAUUCGUUGGGGGCGAUCAAUUAGUGACCCCGGGGGCCGGAGAAUCCAUGGAUAAGCGGGAAGAACUUACCACCGCAACACAACCCAGCGCUCCAUCGGGGCCUCCACCUGGGAGGGGACCAGGACGACGACAUCACGCCCAUCGCCGCUCAGCAGCAAUCUCUGGUGUCGACUUGAAUGCGAUCAACAAGGCUCUUGGCACUAAUCCGGCGGCAAGUGCGCCCGCUACCCCUGGAGAUCGCACGUUCGACACCGCGAAUGAGAGUCUUUCCCGGCCACUCUCAUACUCGGCGACAAGUCUCGGUCGUCCGACGCCUCCAGCAUCACCUCGGUUUUCUCCUGUGCCACCUGUCCCGCCCAUUCCAACCGCGAUCCAUGUCGAGCCCCCUCCUACCAAUAAUCAUGCGGAUAAUGCACGGCCUUCUUCAGCAAUAUCAGAUGAGACUUCACCAAGCGCCAAUAAUGUCAGAUUUGAGCAGCCUGAGGUUGAUGUCCCGGUUGCGCGAGCAACGCCUCCCAAGCGCAGGUCAAAGCCACGGCCGAAAACGGCCGAUGCGUCUUUGGCUUUCGACCUGAUACAGAGCAAGAGCGUGCCCGACGCACCCGGAGUGAAGCGCUCGAAAUCGACCGGGCACUCGCGUUCUCGUAAGAGUAUGUCGACCGGGCAUCUUGAUGUCACACUUGCGAACCACGGCAGUGACGAUGCGCACUCAACGGAUACAUCUCGCCCUUCGUACUCGGAUGAUGGCUCUGAAUUGAGCGACACCGAUAAUGAAGCCGAUGCUUCUUAUCCAACGAAGAAAUCCCACUCGAAAUCGAAGAAGAAGCAGAAGCGUAUUCGCUCCUGGGCGGGUGGGAUUCUGACCCGAGGCAAAGGGAAACGCCAUGCGAAGACGGAUGCCGAGGAGAAGCCGGAAAGACAGGGAAAGCCAGCAGCAUUAAUACCUCCUGCGCUCACCCGAACUAAUUCAGAUGUCGGAUCAGUCUUGGAAGUCGAUUUUGAUAAUGACGAUGUUGUUGUCCUUCGCACUCCCACCAAUUCAGAUGCACCUGUCUCCGCCGCCGAGCGUGCUAAGGAUGAAUCGCCCAUGCCCGCUCCUAGCCUGGAAACUUCUUGGAAACCUCGAAGUUUUUAUGAGCAGAACCUCUCGGCACAGGAUGACGUGUUGAGUAGUCCGAUUAUUGACCUCGACGCUGCCCUUGGCCCCUUCAAUACUCCCGGCGACAAUCGACAGUCCCGAGGCACUCCGAGCAAGUUUCACCUGGCAACACAGCGCAUGUACAGUGGUGGACGACGAGGCGAAUUUGUUGGUCCUGAGAUGCGCUAUCACCGUCGCACCGAGAGUGCUCCGGUGAUGCCUCCAUUUGACCGUAGCGCUUUGAGUAUCAACCGUUUGGUGGGUACCGCGGCACUUGAAACGCCUGAUGUCUUCUACGAGGAAGAAGAGGACGCUUUCCUGGCUGCCACACACUUUCCUAGAGAUGAGCUUGCCUCGUCAGCUCCUGCUGAGACUGCUCUUGCCUUCUCCUCUUCUUCAUCCUCGGAGGAGGACAAGAACUCAGUCAAGAGUGAUGACACUGCAGAGACCUUGACUAAGGCACCUGCACCCAGCUCGCCACAACAUAAGGGUCUUGGGAUCGAGGCGAACGAGGAGCCUGCCAUCCCGAAGGAGGUACCACCUGUCCCGGUUGACGGUGUCUCUGUCGACACUAUGCAGACUACACGCAAUCCGUUUGCUACCCAGCCUCGAAGCCCCAUCGCGAUUUUGAAGUCGGAGGAAAGCGUGCCCAAAGCUCUAGGCCCGCCGAGUCCCGACGUCUCUCCACGCUUCGUGGCGGUUGACAAGCGGCCAUCUACAUCACCCCAUAUGCUUCCGCCUAGCAUCCCUCCCUUCUCGCUGUCUGCUGGUGCCUCCCCCUCGGAUUCAUCGUUCCCGUCGCCCGAUGCUCCACGCUUCAACGACCGCAAUUUCUCGAGCCACUCCUACCACCAUCUUCCUUCAGACUAUCCUUACGCCUCAGUGGAGGAUGUCCCCUCCCUCACAAGUAGCACGUCGACCAUGACGAACACCAUGCAUCGCUUUUCUGCUACUUUCUUCCCUCGCGAUCGCCUGUCGACUGACCGAGCCGCAUCCUUCUCAGCCGCAGUCCACCGACGCGGCAGUCAAGCCAAUACUUCCAAGCGCUCUAGCUUGGCGAGUCUGUCCAAACUUGUUGGCGGGCCCCAUUCGGAGCGCAGCAAACUCUACCAAGAGGAGAAGCCUCCAGGGGAUGCACUUGACAAGUCCAAGAAGAAGCGUCGUCUCAGUCGUCUCAUGCAAUUUUGGAAAGUGAGGGACAAGGAGAAGCAUACAGAGCCGGCCGCGCCUCCCGACGGGCCGGUAGAAGAGUAA